AUGGAGUCUAGCAAGCAGCCCGUCAAGCUCGUCAAGGUCACCCGUGUCCUUGGCCGCACCGGUUCUCGUGGUGGUGUCACCCAGGUCCGCGUUGAGUUCAUGGACGACCAGACCCGUUCCAUCAUCCGUAACGUCAAGGGACCCGUCCGUGAGGACGACAUCCUCUGCCUGCUCGAGUCUGAGCGCGAGGCCCGCAGACUGAGAUAA